AUGGAAGUGAUAGCAGCUAGUAUGCCUGGAUUUGCAUUCUCUGAUGGUUCUGUAAGACCUGGUUUCGGUGUUGACAAAAUGGCAGUUGUGCUAAGAAAUCUCAUGCAUAGACUUGGUCAUAAGAAAUUCUACGUGCACGGCGCCGAUUGGGGUUCGGUUGUAAUGAGUAAUAUGGCUACUUUCUUCCCAAAUGAAGUUCUAGGUUACCACAGCAGUAUGCCAACAGUAAUGUCUCCACUGCAAGCAUUUGCAAGAAUAGUCGGUGAUUAUUUUCCUUCUCUGGUUGUGAGAGAAGAAGUUGCUGAUAGAAUGUAUCCCCUAUCUAAUUUCUUCAAUAAGAUUGUACGAGAGUCAGGAUAUUUCCAUCUUCAGGCGACGAAACCUGAUACUGUCGAUAUAGCACUAACAGAUUCACCUGCUGGCCUACUCGCGUAUUACUUCGAGAAGAUAUCAGUGGGUACCCGUCAUCACUAUCGCAACCGCACUGACGGUGGUUUAGAACUCCACUACACGAAAGAACAGCUAAUAGACAACCUGAUGGUGUACUGGGUUUCUAACUCUGUGGCUACUGCGGGAAGAAUAUACGCAGAGUCAUUCGGUCCUAGAUAUUUCAGUCUACGUAUGGACAGCAUACCCUCGUCAGUGCCAGCGUGGAUAUUGCAAGCUAAAUACGAGAUAUCUUACAUACCGCCGUGGAUGUACAAACUGAAGUUCCCUAAUCUUGUGAACGAGACAGUUCUGGAUACAGGAGGACAUUUCCUAGCGCUGGAACUACCACUUGUGUUGGCAGCGGAUAUUGAUAGAGCUAUGGUUGAGUUUCGACGCUUGCAGAAUAAGGGAAAACGAGAAGAAUUGUAACGUCAUCGGUGUCUUGUGUAGAUUUUUUUUAAAUGAACUUGUUAAACUCCUGAAA